UCACGCCCUCUACUGGGGAUCAAGCCUGCAACCCACGCAUGUACCCUGACCGGGAAUCAAACCGGCAACCUUUCCAUGCAUGGGACAACACCCAGCCAACUGAGUCACACUGGCCAGGCCUCAAUGCUUCCUGAUGAAGGCAUAGGAUUGAAAGGAACCACCCAAGGAACAGUGUUAAAUGUGAUAAGAUGCUCCAAGUCACUUGCAGCUGAUCUUCAAAAGAAAAAUCACUAGCUCUGCUCUUGCCAUAAUACCAACCCUUUGACUUACGCUUUGGUGCUGCAUCACUGGAAGAAUUGCUCACGGGUUCCAGGAAUACCUUUUUUUUUUUUUUUUUUCAUUUGAGUGAUUCUUUGUGGAUGGAAAAAGAUUUGAGUCUUGAUAAUUACGCUGUUUUAAAGCUAUUUCUUUAUAGUCUGAACUGUUUCAUAAAUCAGGCCACUUACCAAUGAGCCACACAGCCGGCUCCUGUCAGGAGCUGGUUGAAAACUGUGCUGCGCAUGCAGCAGGGAUGGCACAAGAGGACAGCCGCCGUGCUCCGGUGCCGUCUACCUUCUAUCAUGGUGCCAACCAAGAACUUGACCUGUCCACCAAAGUGUACAAAAGGGAGUCGGGAAGUCCUUAUUCCGUGUUAGUGGACACCAAGGUGAGCAAACCGCAUCUCCACGAGACAGAGGAACAGCCGUAUUUCAGGGAGACCAGAGCCGGCUCUGACGUGCAUGCUGUCAAAGAAGACCGGGAGAAUUCUGAUGACAUGGAGGAGGAGGAGGAGGUCUCUUACAAAAGGGAGCAGAUCAUCGUGGAGGUAAACCUUAAUAAUCAAACGUUAAAUGUGUCUAAAGGGGAAAAGGGUGUCUCUUCUCAGUCCAAAGAGACUCCUGUUGUUAAGACGAGCAGCGAGGAGGACGACGACGAGAGUGAGGAGGAGGCCACGGACAACAGCAGUGACUAUGGGGAGAACGCGAGGCAGAAGAAAAAGGAGAAGGCCGCGGAGAAAGUCGGCGUUGCACAAAGGAGGACGAGGAGAGCUGCCUCUGUGGCCGCGGCGACCGCUUCCCCUACGCCCAGAACUACACGAGGUCGUAGGAAGAGUGUAGAGCCGCCUAAGCGGAAGAAGCGGGCCGCCAAGGAGCCCAAAGCGUCAGUCCAGAAAGCUAAGUGUGAAGAGAAAGAGACUCUGACCUGUGAGAAGUGCCCCAGGGUGUUUAACACGCGCUGGUACCUGGAGAAGCACAUGAACGUUACUCACAGGCGCAUGCAGAUUUGUGAUAAGUGUGGCAAGAAGUUUGUCCUGGAAAGUGAGCUGUCCCUUCACCAGCAAACAGACUGUGAGAAAAAUAUCCAGUGUGUUUCCUGUAACAAGUCAUUCAAGAAGCUCUGGUCCCUUCAUGAACAUAUCAAGAUCGUCCAUGGAUACGCAGAAAAGAAGUUCUCCUGUGAGAUCUGUGAGAAGAAGUUCUACACCAUGGCUCACGUGAGGAAGCACAUGGUCGCGCACACGAAAGACAUGCCUUUUACAUGUGAAACCUGUGGGAAAUCGUUCAAACGCAGUAUGUCACUCAAGGUGCACUCCUUGCAGCAUUCUGGAGAGAAGCCCUUCAGAUGUGAGAACUGUGACGAGAGGUUCCAGUACAAGUACCAGCUGCGCUCCCACAUGAGCAUCCACAUCGGCCACAAGCAGUUCAUGUGCCAGUGGUGUGGCAAGGACUUCAACAUGAAGCAGUACUUCGACGAGCACAUGAAGACACACACUGGAGAGAAACCCUUUAUCUGUGAAAUCUGUGGCAAAAGCUUCACCAGCCGCCCCAACAUGAAGAGGCACCGCAGAACUCACACAGGCGAAAAGCCCUAUCCGUGCGAUGUGUGCGGCCAGCGGUUCCGCUUCUCCAACAUGCUGAAGGCCCACAAGGAGAAGUGCUUUCGGGUGACCAGCCCCGUGAACGUGCCGCCUGCUGUCCAGAUCCCACUGACGACUUCCCCCGCCGCCCCCGUUCCUUCCGUGGUGAACACACCCACAACCCCAGCCCCUCCCAUCAACAUGAACCCUGUCAACACUCUCCCCCCGCGGCCCAUCCCCCACCCGUUCUCACACCUGCACAUCCACCCCCACCCGCACCACCCGCACCACCUUCCCAUCCCGCCCGUCCCUCACCUCCCCCCCCCUCCAGCUCUCUUCAAGAGCGAGCCUUUAAACCACCGCGGCCAGGGCCAGGGCGAGGACAGCUUCCUGCGGCACCUGGCCGAGAAGAACAGCGCGGCGCAGCAUCAUUAACAUCCGUCUCCUAAGGGGUUCUCCACGCUGCGUGCCCACAGGCAGCUGGCGAGCUGGGGGGCAUUGCUGCCCUGUCUGCUCAGCCCCGUCAGGAGCUCGUCACUGUCUUGGUGAAUCAACACAUCGAGGGGACGAACAAGAACACCUGGAGUCACGGAGGGACCCGUCAUCCAAACCAGGGGAACCACCAAACUAAAGCCCACUGUGCUUGCAUUUUCUGGUGACUUUUAUAAAUUUCAAACACUCA